AUGGCGUUAUUUUGUCCGCUUUGUCACAGUAUUCUCUACUUUGAGGCUAAGGAGUUCUCCCAAUCGAGCUUCACUUGUUUGAGGUGCCAAUAUUUCAUGCCAAUUACUAAGAAUUACUACAGAGCGACUCUGUACAACAUUGGCAAGGACGUCGAUAAAACGCCCUUAAGUACAAAUGAAUUCGAGCAUUCCCCAAAGAUUCCAGCUGUUUGCCCCUAUUGUAACAAUAACGAGGCUUAUUUUAUGAGUAUUCAGACUCGUUCCGCCGACGAGCCAAUGACUCAGUUUUUUGUGUGUACCUCCUGCACGAAGCGUUGGAGAGAAUGA